CCAGAAAUAGAACUAAACAAUUUCCUUCCCUUGCCACGUACGGGGACGUGAAAUGACAAAACUAUCCUAUCAGCCUCCAUACCAUUAACGAGCACCCGGAGGCAACGAGCACCAAACCGCCACUGGUGGACGACUGAUCCCGCUCUAUUCAGCCAUCUCUCAGUCGAAGAAGGAGGGGGAGCGAGAGAACGAAGAGUGAACCAAUAAAAUUGAUCGAACAUGGGAGGAGGAGCAGAGCAUGGUCAUGGAGCUGAGGGUGCCCAUGGGGAUUUCAGGGCGAAGGUGUGGAGCAUGAGUGGAGGCCCAUACUGCAGGCCCAAGCAUUGGCGUCGCAAUACCGCCAUCGCAAUGUUCGGCGUUGUCCUUAUUUGCAUCCCAAUCGCCAUGAAAUCGGCCGAGCUGGAGCAACGGCCACAUCACCCUGUUCGCCCAAUUCCGUCACAGCUUUGGUGCAAGAACUUUGGUACGAAAGAUUACAAUGAAGUGAAGUGAUAGUAGAAGCUGAAUAGUUGUAUCUUGCAGUGUGUCAAAGCAAGACUUUGUAUCUUUUGAUUGCAGGAUUUGAUCUAGACUCGGUUUAAUUAUAUUCUGAAAUAAGUGAUAAAUCUACAACUUAA